AUGACGACCACAACCUUAGCCCCACGAAGGGCGACCUCUCUGUUCUUUUCAGUCCAACAACAAUCCUUUCGUCCGCUCUCCCAGCGCAGCCACAUCCUCAGCGCCACCAACUUCAAGCCAUACUCGACCCAACCACCCUCCUCAAACGUAGACGAAAAGACCAAAGACCUGCCUCCCAAAGAACCCUCCCAACCAGACGAAGAUGGCAUCAACGGCCCCCUCUCCACCCUACCUCCUCCUCUCAACCUCCCAGAAAAAGGCAACCGCUCAACACCCGCCCACCUCUUCCAAAUCGGCCGCACCUACGGAAAGUUCUACUGGAACGGUGUAAAAGCAACAUGGGCAAACCGAAAGCGCGCAAAAGCUCUCAAGACACAAAUCAUCGCUGCAAACCGCGCUUCUGGCCUUCCAAACAUGCCCAGGCCGCUGCUCGCACACUUGGAGUUUUACUACGAGAAUGCCGGAAAGCAAAAGAUGACGAGAACAGACUUCCAACUGUUGAUGAGAGAGCAAUAUGACAGCAGGAAACUGCCUCCAUUUGCAUUGAUGGUCGCCCUGUUUGGAGAGUGGUUACCGUUGAUUGUGCCAUUUGUGCCUUCCGCAGUGCCUCGCACCUGCAGGAUCCCAAAGCAGAUUGAAGACAUGCGCAAAGGUGUCGAAGAGCGACGGAAAAAGUCCUUCCGCGAGGGUCUAGCAACACCAAAACCUGCAGAAGACGACGAAACCGCCAUGCCUACAUCGCUGGCCGGAGGCAAAAAGGCUCUCCCCAGAUUAUACACCUCCAUGCGAACGGCUCAACACAUCGUCAAACUCGGAAAACCGCAAUCCUUGCACGUUUCCCGUGCUCUGGGCAUCGGCGGCAGACUAUUCGACUCUAUGGGUGUCCAACAUCCUCUGUUUCCUGUCAAGUUGAUGAGGCAUCUCGGUUAUCUGCACAUUGACGAUGAGCUGUUACUCCAGGACUGGGUGCUUAGUCAUUUGACACUCAGCACAGAGGAAACUCGCAUAGCAUGCGAGGAACGCGGUAUCGAUGUCGUGGGUAGGGAAGAAAACGACCUCAAAGAAGACCUGAGCAAGUGGCUUGAAGGCAGAAAGAGAGAUGAUGGUAGCUAUAGCGAGAUUUUGAAGAUGCUGUUUACAAGGUAUGUUCACCUCUUUUCCUUUCAUGAUAUCUCAACAGAUGCUAACCUUUGCUAUCACAGACCGAAUGUCUGGGGUCAGUCCCAAGUCGAUGCUCCUAAAUUGACUGAUAAUUGA